AUGGCAAAGGAAAAGAUGCAGAGAGACAUCAACCUGCCGCUCAUCUUCUCCAGGCGCCGAGCCAGCCUCUUCAAGAAGGCCAACGAGCUUUCAAUUCUCUGCGGGGCCAAGGUGGCGGUGAUCGCGUUCUCGCCGACCAACAAGGCGUAUUCAUUCGGUGCCCCAAAUCUAGACGCCGUCAUCGGGGUCUUCAUGGGCCAAGACUGGCGAGUCGAACCCGAGGCCGACCAAGUUAAGGAGUCUGGCGAGAGCGGGGUCGUGAGGGAGAUGGACUCGCGGAUGAGCUAUUUUAAGGCAAGGCUGGAGGAGGAGAGGCGGCGCGGCCACGCUCUUGACCAGAUGAGGGCGGCGAAUCGGAGGGAGCGCUGGUGGGACGCGCCGAUCGAGGAGAUGAACAUGGAACAGUUGGCCCUGCUCCAGGCCUCCCUGGAGGAGCUGAAGAAACUGUCGUUGGAGGAGAAGGAUAGGCUCGAGGACGAUGAAGCAGCUAGUAGUUUAUGCAUUCUGGCACAGCAGGACCUCCCUCCGCCGCCGCCAUUUCACCUUGGGUCUAGUUCUUCUGGCAGCGGAAGUGGUGGUCCUACGCCGUUUACGGCGGCGGGACCUGGCUCUUCUGGAUAUCCUGGGGCUUCCAGUUCUGCUGGUCCAAUCGGACGCCCUGGAUUUCGUCGUGGCAAUCGUGCUUAG